AUGGUUACCGACGUCGGGAUGGAUUGGCUGGCUUCUGGGUGCAACGCAUUGACGCAUCUCGAUGUUUCAGGCUGCACAGCUGUGACGGAUCUGACGAUGCGUGCAAUUAGCGAGAGUAUGCUGCAACUGAAACAGCUAAAACUUCGACAUUGCACUAAAGUAACCGAUCAGGGGAUUCGUCGACUGUCUUUAAGGUGUCCAGAGCUGCUUUCUCUCGAUGCCGAGGGGCUUACAUUGCUCUCAGACGUACAUUCUACUCAAACUACAGGCGUGUAUCGGCUAGGAAUCGCUGCGUUGGUAGCUGGCUGUCUUAAACUGCGUCAUUUAGACCUGUCGAAUUGUGUAGCCAUUUCAGAUGGAACGCUACAUUGUGUAGCCAUGUCAUGCUCUGAGCUUUCAUCGUUGCUCCUGUCAGGAUGCUAUCGUGUUACCAGCAUCGGAGUGAGUGAAAUCCUAGCUCAUUGCAACAAAUUAUCGUCACUGAAUGUUACGGGGUGCGAUCGACUCAUCUCACUGCGUCUUCGCGGUACUCAGAUAACGGAUCUGACGUUGAAAUGGGUCAGUAAGUACUCCUCAUUGCUCCGUGAGCUCGACGUGUCUGGCUGUGCAGAGAUCACAGACAUGGGUUUAUUAGCACUUGCAGGCUCGAUAAUGGCUACAUCUUUACGAAAUCUCUGGCUUCGAAGCCUUGACAACAUCACUGCAACGGGACUAUCCUGGCUAGCUGGAAAGUGCACAAAUCUAAUGCUGUUAGACCUCACCGGUUGUCCAAAGAUCCGCUCGUUCUCAAUCAAAUCGCUCGCUUCGUCGUGGAAGUUUGCAGUCUUCAGUAGCAACGAGCAGCUCAAAGGCAUGACACCUCGUCAUCGUGCAGAAGACUGGCUCUUCAUUGAGGAAUACGGUAAUUGCUGGCGAGCUGCGGUUCAUAUCCAGUGCAUGUACAGAGCUCGAGUGGCUCGUAAGAUCGCACAACAGAAGCGAGAAGAGCGUUUAGUCUUGUGGGUAGCCAUGCGCUUACAGAGCGUCUAUCGCGGACGUCAAGCUCGAAAAUACGCCGUGAUUCUGCGCAUUCAACUCUACAAGGAGACCGAAGCUGCCACGAGAAUUCAACGAGCCUAUCGACAGCUCCUGGAUCGACGAGAAGCUCACCGUUUACGUGAGAUUCGACGUCAAGAAGAAAAGUUACGAGCUGCUCGAAGUAUUCAAGCGUCUUGGCGGAAGAAGCGUCUGCGUGAGAGACUUCAAAGUCGACAUUUACGGCGUUUAGCCUACGAGGACAAGCUGCAACGUAGUGCCAUUCGUAUCCAGCGACAUUGGAGAGGUAAGAAAGGGAGAGAGCGAACGAAUUUAAUGCGUGCAGCAAGGAAUGCAGAAGAACGACAAGAGUUCGAAGCAGCCAGAACGUUACAGAGUAUUUAUCGCAUUCGUAUCGCUCGUCGAGCUGCGAAUCUGAAGCGUGAAGAGCGGAAAAACGACGAGAUUCGACGAGAACGAGCUGCUCUGACAUUGCAGAAUUGUAUUCGAAGACACGAAGCAAAGAAAGAGCUGCGCGCGAUGAGGAAAUACGUAGCAGAAGUUAACAAUGCUGCCGUUAAAAUUCAGAAAAGUUGGCGUGCGAAGAAGAAAUAUCAAGCGAAUCGAGUGAUCGCGAUGGUGCGACAGAAACAACGGGAGAAUGCGGCGGCUGUUAAGCUUCAAGUGGCGUGGAAACGUCGGAGAGCUCGGAUACAAGUCAACUUGAUGCGGUUGGCUCGAGAUUUACAGACUCAGCAACUGGUCGACGCGACGUUGAUGGUGCAAACCAACUGGCGCGGACGUCACGGACGUUUGCAGGCGCGAUCGCUGAAGCAAACGACGUUGGAGACAAUCUCGCAGUUAGUGAAGAUCCAACACCUUGCUGUCACACUUGUACAAGCGCAUUACCGUGGAUGGAAAGGACGAGAGAAAUACCGACAAGCACAACUGAACAAGAAGAAACGGUGGAAAGAAAUCACUCGACCUGAGGACGGCGAGAAGUUCUACUAUGUACUCACGGGUGAAGUGCGAUUCCGUCGGCCUCAAGACGUGCUGGAUCUGCUGCCAAAACCUCUUUGCGAAAAUUGCGGUACGGUUGAGAAUGAUUGUUGGACCAAUGUUCACUCGGGUGGUCGACGGAAGUUGCAUGAGUUUCGAGCUCUGUACGACUACUACAAUCGACGUGUGGACUACGGGGACUGGGAGUUCCCGUCUCGUUGGCCCUCAGAGAUCGAGCAGGACGAGAUGGACGGCUGGGGGCUCCGCACACACCCACGUCGUCGUCCCGAUGAAGUGCAGGGCGUAUGGGAACGAUACGUGGACUCUGAUACCAAGCGAGAGUGGUUCUACAACCGUGAGACGGACGAGAACUCGUACGUCCCACCUGAAGGAUUUUUCUUGCGUUCGAACGGCGAAACUUCAGCCACCAGCGAGUGGAUCAAGUACUUUGACGAGACUCAAGGUGUACACUACUACUACAACAACAGGACGCAAGAAAGCACCUUCGACCGACCGGCGACGUACGCGACGCCACGUAUUUCGCCGUCGACAGCAGUCUCCAGUGCGAACCAGGAAGGUUGGGAGAAGCACGUUGACCCGCACAGCAGGUAUCCGUACUACUACAACCGAUUGACGAUGGAGAGUGUAUUUGCUCGACCGAUGGGUUUCGUGACUGGACGUGAGGACGUGGAGCUGCCAGGUUAUGCCAAGUACUUUGAUGCGGAGAGCGCUAGUUAUUACUUAUAUAACGCGCAGAGUAAUGAGAGGUGCGUCGAGAGGCCAGGUGCGUUCGCAACGCCACGCAUUUCGACGACGGAAGCUGUUGGUGACGGUGGAGACGAAGGUCUAGCGGAAUUCUACGACCCUGUCACGGGUAAAGCCUAUUUUUUUAAUGCGCGCACGACGGAGUGUCGACAGGCUUCGAGGACGUGA